UUCUCUACUUUCAACAACUAAGCGAAAAUGUUCGCGACUGUAACUGUGGCUUAUACCGUUUUAGGCAUUUUAAUAAGUGUGGUCAUUACGUCUUACGUGCGCAUUUUUUACGGGGCCCAGCGGCGGGUUAAUCAGCCCCUUAAGAAUGCCCUUUCCACGGGACAGAAUCAGAAGAUGAAGAAAUAUAGUCAAGCGCCUGGACCACGUCCUUGGCCCAUCAUUGGCAACCUUCACCUGCUGGAUCGCUACAGGGACACUCCCUUUGCGGGCUUCACGGAGCUGGCCAAGCAGUUCGGCGACAUUUACUCGCUGACCUUUGGCCAUACCCGCUGCCUGGUGGUAAACAAUCUGGAGCUGAUCCGCGAGGUCUUGAACCAGAACGGCAAGGUGAUGAGUGGACGACCGGACUUUCUGCGUUAUCACAAACUGUUUGGGGGAGAGCGUAGCAACUCUCUGGCCCUCUGCGAUUGGUCGCAGCUCCAGCAGAAGCGAAGGAACCUCGCGCGACGCCACUGUUCUCCAAGGGAGUCCUCGUCCUUCUAUGUGAAAAUGUCCGAGAUCGGUUGUGCCGAGAUGGAGCACUGGAACCGAGAGCUCAGGGAACAGCUAGUGGCCGGAGAACCCAUGGAAAUAAAGUCACUGAUCCUCAAGGCAUGCGCCAAUAUGUUCAGCCAGUAUAUGUGCUCCCUGAGGUUCGAUUACCAGGACAAGGAGUUUGAGCAGAUUGUUCAGUACUUUGACGAGAUCUUCUGGGAGAUCAACCAGGGACACCCGCUGGAUUUUCUGCCCUGGUUGUCUCCCUUCUAUCAGCGGCACCUCAACAAGAUAACCAACUGGUCGACGACCAUCCGAAAGUUCAUCUUGGAUAGGAUUAUCAGCCACAGGGAGCUGAACGUGGAUGUGGAUGAGCCGGAUAGGGAUUUCACAGAUGCUCUGCUCAAGAGCAUCGUUGAGGACAAGGAGGUCUCCCGGAAUACCAUAAUCUUCAUGCUGGAGGACUUUGUUGGUGGCCAUUCGGCAGUGGGUAAUCUGGUGAUGCUAGUGCUGGCCUAUAUAGCCAGGGAUCAGGAUAUAGGCAAGAGAAUCCAGGAGGAAAUUGAUGGCUUGACAUCACCGGAGAAGCCACAAAUCAGCUUGAUGGAUAUGAACGAAAUGCCAUAUACAAUGGCCACUAUAUUCGAGGUGCUGAGGUACUCUUCUUCCCCAAUUGUUCCUCAUGUCACCACCGAGGAUGCAGUGAUCUCUGGCUAUGGGGUAACCAAGGGCACCCUUGUCUUUAUCAACAAUUAUGUGCUCAAUACUAGCGAGAAGAACUGGGUUAAUCCCCAAGAGUUUAAUCCUCAAAGAUUUUUGGAGAAAUCGCACAGGAGAAACUCUCAUAAGGGUUCGGGAUCGGAUUCGGGCUUUGAAAGCGACACGGAGAAGCUUCAGUUAAGGAAAAACAUUCCACACUUUCUGCCUUUUAGCAUUGGCAAGAGGACCUGCAUUGGCCAGAAUCUGGUAAGAGGAUUUGGUUUCCUUAUACUGGCCAACAUCCUGCAGAGAUAUGAUGUGAGCAGCCACGAUUCAUCUACGAUUCAGAUAAGUCCCGAGAGCUUGGCCCUGCCAGCCAAGUGCUUUCCUUUGGUUCUAAGGCCCAGGGAAAAGAUGGAUUCGAAAUGAAAUCAUAUAAAUUCUUUGAUAAUCCUGAGGAGAAACAAUUAGCCCUUUCAUUUGCUUUUAAUUAGAAUUAAGUCUCUUCCACCUCUUCUAAUAGGAAGUUACUUAAUAAACAAAAAAAAAUAUAUAUAGAUAUAUAUCAAAUUGAUAUUGAUUUGUACAAGGUUCAGCGAGAAAUUAUAACGAAAUAGUUGAACUAUUUGAAUGGGAAUAAAACUGAAAUUUACUUUUCAUUAACUCAAGGCAAAGACAUUUGUAUUUGUAAACACUAACACACGCACACACCUCACAUACAUACAUUUGUUUGUAAGAUUAGAUUUAAUUCGAAUAUAAUUUCAUUAGACUAAGCAAUGACUCAGAUAUACGUAUAAUUGUAAUGUUUACACCGUAUGUUAAUUCGUGUAUAAUUCUUAAGCGAACUAUUUACAUUUUUAUUUUCUUGCAGAAAUCAAAGUCGAACCAUAAUUAUGUUUAAAAAUAUAUAGAGCGUAUAAAACCUAAAA